AUGUUUGGUUCAAAGUUGACCGUUAUUCUAUUAUCGAGUAAAUUAAUUUACAUAAUUGGAAUUAUUUUCUAUGUUAGCAUACAAAUAAGCGGUUUUGCUCUACGUAAUGAUGGGUUACUUUUAAAAGAUUUAAAAUUUACAAGACCAUGUCCUGAGAAGAACUACCGAUUUCAUAAUGCUACCGGAAAUUUCAUGUGCGUUGUACCAACAGCAAAGAAAUGCUUUGAAUUAUGUCAACAAUUAGGUUGUAAUGAAUGGUAUUUCAUGAGUUUCGUACCGUCUGGUAGUGAGGAAAUUAAAAAACAUCAUCGUUGUCGAUGUUUCCCUGAAUAUCAUAUGUGUUUUUAUAAUUCCGUGCCAAGAAGAUAUCGUGACUUUGAAUGA